AUAGCAGAAGGAGCACUUGUUAUUAUUCUCUACGAGUUUCUACUAUCAACUUAUUUCCCCUUGAUAUCAAAGAUUCUGGUGUCUACAAAGUCCGACACUAACCACUACCUACAACGUCUUCUAAUGAUUAUGAAUUACCACGUCGAACUCCACACUGACAGCGGUAAAAAUAACCUGUCACCAAGGAGAACUGGAUCCCUGAAGUACGCUGAAGAA